AUGAAUGCUAAUAUGAAUGGAUCAUAUAUACCUAUGCCUAUGCCUUCUCCUUAUACGAUGAGCACUCCUACCAAUAAUAAUAUGAAUACAAAUAUACGUGAAUCUAACAUGUAUAUGCCUGAACCAUAUACACCUAAUUAUGGUGUGCCCGUAUCUGGAA